AUGGAGCUGGACAUGCGCCCGUACACCAAGGAAGGCCUCGCCCGACAGCAGCAGCAGCAGCAGCAAGGGGGGAAGGGCGGGGCAACCGCAGCCGGCACCGCGAAGGCCAGAGGGUCUCCCAGAGAGGAGGAAGGGGAGGUUUUCCCCGACUCGUACUACGAGUACAAGCUCGCGGGCGUCUUGGUGCACAUGGGGACGGCCGACUCCGGCCACUACUAUAGCUACAUCAAGCGCAGGGACACGCAGGGAGGCGGCGACAUCCCGGCCUCAUGGUUCUGCUUCAACGACGCCUCGGUGACCCCGUUCGAUCCGGAUAGCCUGGGCAUGACCUGCCAUGGGGGUUACUCCAUCAGCCCCACCGGCCGCGGCCACACGCCCAAGCAGUUCUCCGCCUACAUGCUCAUCUAUGAGCGCGAGUUCAUCCUGCCGAACCCAGCGGCCCCGGCUACCCCAUCUCCGACGGCGGAUGCUGCCGCAGCGCCUCACGACGGCGGCGGCGAAACAUCAUCGGGGACUGUCAGCGGCGGCGACGUUGCUGCCUCGCCUUGUAGAACGCCGUCGCGAGCCGCCGCCGCGGCGGCGCCCUCAAACGGCGGCACCGUAAAAGCGGCUGCGGUUGCUGUUGUCGCAGACUCCUCUGCUGCGGCCUGGAAUAAAGGAGAGGCCGUGCGUACAACCCCCCAUCGCGGCGGCACCCCCGCUGAAAACGGCAAACCGACGGGAGUGGAGGACAUGGAGGUCGGGGCGGAGGGGGAGGCGGCGGGUGGAGGGGGACGGGGGGGGAGCAAGGGCGACGCCGAAAAGGCGGCGAUGAGGGAGUUGGUAGCGGGGGGGAGAGGGGAGGCGGUGUCGCCGGGUGGGGCGGGGGACGAGUGGGAGCCCCCGUGGAUGGGAGUGCCUCGGCCUUCGGAGCUCGUGCCCCCUUCGAUUUUCCAGGCCUGCUGGAUGGAAAACCGCCUCUUCCUGAUGGACAAGAACGUCUUCAGCUCCGAGUACCUGGACUGGGUGUGCGACCUGACGGCGCUCGUGCCUCCCCCCAGGGUCCCGCCGAGCGGCAGCGGCAGCGCCGAAGGCGCUCGCAUCGCUACGGGGGGUGAUGACGUUGACGAGGUGGAGCUUUCGACGGCAAAGGUGGCGCUGUUCUUGGCGCUCGACACGGUUGCGCGAGCUAAGGACAAGGAGAGGCUGUCCCAACUGAUGGGCUACGCCAAGAGAUGGUUCCGCGCCAGCCCGACCAUGACGGCGAACAACUACUGGCAGCACACUAUGCUGCUCCGCUGCAGCCUCCAAGGGGUGCGAUUCGAGUUCCUGCACCUCUGCGUCGACCUUGUCCGGUCCUACGCCCCCUACGAGCGACACAAGUACUACGAGGAAGACCCCUCGAUCGGGGCAAACCUCUACCUUGCAGCCGUCAGGCAGCAGCAGCAGCAGCAGCGGAAGGGGCAGCGGAGACGGGGGGAGGGGGGCGCGGAGGGCGGCGGCGGGGGGGGUGCCGGCGGCGGCGCGAGUGCGGCUCGGGGAGUGGCGGCCGGGGACUCUCAGGUGACGCCGGGCCGAAUAGGGGUCAGCGGGGGCGGCGGCGGGGGGGGCAUGACAGUCAUGGACGUCAUGCGCGAGUCCGAGAAGGCGGUGAUGUCUGAAACCAUGACGUCUGCGGAGGCCGUCUUGGCCAGCGCUGGGUUAUCGACCAAGGACAGCACGUUGGUGGUGCCGGCGGGGCAGUAUCGGCGGAUGGGAGGAGUCUUGGGCUCGGAAUCGUCGUUCUCGUCGAACGAUUCCCCCGGCUCCACUGGCGGCAGAUCUGAUCUCGUUCCCAGCGACGACGCCCAGUUCGGCGACCAUGACGAAGACUGGGCGCGUCCCCCCAACUCCCCCAACGCCUCCCCGUACAUAGAAAACCACGUCGAUCUCGAUGGCGACGACGAUGACGAUGACGAUGACGAUGGUACGAUUCCGGUUCACUACGGCGCGGAUGAGUGCCAUGGCCGGGGUCAGAGAGAAGAUGAAGGCGACGACGAAGGUAUGCUGGCGCUGUUGCCGAGAAGGGUGGCACGAGAUCCGAUGGAGGAAGACUUCGACGACGAUGACGCUAGUGAUGGCGACGACGAGGGACAGGCUAUAGCAGAAGAGCACUGCAGUGGUGGAGCUGGCGGGGGCCCGUCGAUCAAGCGGGAGUUGUCCGCCAUGGUGCAGGAGCUGGGACCGGAGACAGAGGACGAGGAGCUCGCGGAAGGGGGAGGGCUUGGUAGCCGAUCAACGUCUCCGUCGUUGUCGUCAUCGUCUUCGUCAGAAGAAGGGCCUUCGGCUUCGGCGGCGGUGGCGGCGGCGGCGGCGGCGGCGCGUUCCUCACUCUCUCUUCGUCGGUCGUCGCUACCUCAGACCCCGGCGGCGGCGGCGGCGGCGGCGGCGGCUUUGCGCGGCUUGUCGGAAGAGGAAGAGAUAACCCCAGGCAGGGACGGGUACGGACAAUGGCCGCCAUCCCCAACGGCGCCGGAGGCCGGUGUUGGUGGCGGUACUCCUGGCGCGACCGCCCCGGCUGCCGCUACUGGUGCUGAUUCCGGAGGAGUCGGGACGGGUGUAGACGCGGCGACCGCAGGCGCGAGCCCCGCCAUCGCUGCCGGCGGCGUCACCGGCGGCGGUGGCGACGGCGGUGACGGGGGUAGCCGACGGACGGGGGGGCAAGGGGAGUGCAACGGCUGCGAGGUUAACGCCGUCAACGCGGACGAGGACGACGCCGACGAGGACGACUCCAUGUCCGAGGCCAAUCAGAGGGUCCUGGCGGCGAAGACGAGGACGCGGCGAGUGGGCCUGGCCGUGAUAACCAGGCUAGGGAAGCGGGCCGCCGCCGCCGCCGCCCCGCGGCACGAUGGCUCUGGUCAUGGUGUCAGCAGCGGCGGCGCCGAAGGCGAAGUCGGCGCGACGAAACCGGCGGAGGCACCGGCGACGGUGGGAGCAAGUGAGGAGGAGCAGCAGCGGCGGGAAGAGCGCCCUCAAGGGGCGCAAUCGAAACCGGUUGGGAGCGUGGGCGGUUGUAGCAGUGCGCCGAACGGGGACGCGACGGGCUCGUCGAAGAAGCGGCCUCUGUCAGCGUUGGGGUUGCUGCCCCCCAGCGGCUGUCGCCGCGAGGCGGCGUCGGGGAAGAGGAGGGUUGGGGAGCAGGGGGCGAAAGUGCCGUCGUCGCUGUCGUCGCUGUCAUCGUUGUCUGACGACGGUCAGCCACAGCCAUCCAGCGCGGACGUGGAGGACGUCCUAUUCGAGGAGGUCCCGAGGCGACUGAGGUGGUGGAACUCCGUGGCUCUCGUGCCGCGCUUCGUCGGCACCAUUCUCGACCUUUUGCACGAGUUGCACUCUUCCAGCGACAGGGGCACCAGCGGCCUCAGGUCAUCGAAGGUUAGCGGCUGCGACCCCAGCCCCCGCAGGACGUGCGUGGUGCAGAGGCGCAAGCAGUCGGAGCACCUGUUCGGACUCCUGCUGGAGAUUGGUCGCAUCAGCCACGCGGAAACCAGGCUGCUUUUGCGCGCAGGGACGAUCCCGAGAGUUCUGCAUGCCAUUCUGGGGUCCCUGCGCCACCAGCCCAUCCCCCGGGAGCUGCUGCUGCGUUGCGGCGAUGAGCACCCGGGGGGCUGGGGAGACUGUCGCGACAACAACUACGGCGACAACGACAACAACGACGAUGACGAGGGCGGUGUCCUCCCCCCCUCCGUUGUUGCUGCUGCUGCGGAGGCGGAGUCCCCCCCGAGCUCCUGGACGACCUUCACGACCGCCUUCGCCCCCUGCCUGAGGCUGCUGGCGGAGCUAACGUGCUCCUGCGCCAUGUCCGGGAACGAGCCCUCGCCGCUACUGUUCCCAGUGCCCGAGGCCCCUGCCGAAGAGCUGACGACCAGCAGCAGCAGCGACGAGACGCAACCCGCGGCCGCCAACGGCGACGAUGCUUCCGCCUCCGCAGCUGCCGCCCGCCGCCCCAUCAAGGCGGUGUUGUCGGUGCCCAGCCGCGUUCUCGGAGCUUGCCUGCCGGACACGAUGGACGAGGACCUCAAGAACAAGGUCGGGGAGGAGCUGGUCGUCCUGCCCAACGACGCCGAGGCCGGGAUGCUCACGAACGCGGCUGUCCUGGAGAUCCUCUUCAUGGGCAGGCCCAAGCCCACGAUGGCCCUCGGGCUGAUGCCGCUCGCCCAGCACGCGGAGCAGCUGCGAUGCCUCCUUCGGCUGUCGAAGCACCUAUGCUGGAACAACACCAGGACGACUCACGCUGUGUUGUGCGAGUGCGCUCGCGGGCUGCACGAGGGACAGAUGCCCAGUUUCCACAUGCACCUCAGGGUGCUCCUGGGACUCGUCGGCGUCAUGGACAGGUACACUCACAUGCGGAUUCGCCAAGUGUCCAAUCACAUCAUCAGGGCUGCCGAGAUGAACAUGGACUACCCGAAGGAGUGUUCGGAGAUCCUGGGCGUGUUCGUGAAGGCCCUCCUCGGCAUGACGCCCGACCUCGUGCCCCUCGAGCUUCUCGACGCCCUCCGCGGCACUCUGCAGGACCACACCGAGUCGCUGGUGACCAGCUUACUGCUCAACGUCAGGCUGCCCUCAGACGCCCGCCAGGCGGCCGCCCUCUGCCUCCUCCUGGAGGUCCCGCGGGUGUGGGCCCUCAACGGGUCCCCGACUCCGACAGGAAUUCCCUACCGCCGGCCCCCCGCCGCCGCGGAGAACGGCACCGGCGGCAACAGCAACGCCUCCUUCAUAUCUACUGCCACUGCCGCUUCGACAGCCGCCACCACCGCCGCCGCUGGGUCGGGGGGAACCGGGGCAGAGGGUUGGGCGGGGGUUACGCAACAGCAGCAGCAGCAGCAGCAGCAGCAGGGGGCGGCGGUGGCGACGACGGGCUCGCGGUGGGGCCGCGGGGGAGGGGACCCCGGGGCGCGAGAGAGGGAGGACCUGCUCCGGAAACAGGCAGAGGAUGCUGCGGAGACCCAAGCAGUGGCUGCAGCUUUCGCCGACACGGACUACGCGAUGCGACCUGAUGAGGGCAACAUGAGUACGGGCAGCAGUGACGAGGUCCAGAUUGUUGGUGUUGUUCCCGGUAAAACGGGUUCCGUAGGGAGCACCGUGAAUGGCGGUGACCAUGGUGGGUCCCUCGAUUCUGGGUCCCCUCGCCCUUACGGCCCUCAGCGGCAGCAGCAGCAGCAGCAGCAGCAGCAGCAGCAGCAGCAGGAGCAGGAGGGAGGCAUCGAAAUGGAGCAAUCACUUCCCACCCACCACCUGUGUUUCUGUCGAAUUGCUGUCGCCGGUAUGAACGUGACCAUGCUGCUGUAUCCGGUGAUGGUUGGUCGUGAAGGUCGGGCCGCCGAAGCGCAGCAGCAGCCGCAGCAGGCAGGGCAGCAGCAAGAGGAAGGGGAGGAGGGGGAGGACCUCUCCGAGACGUGUAUUCGCGAUGCCCUUUGGCUGCAGAGCCGGCUCAUGAAGGAGUUACCGGAGAUGGUGAACAUCAUAGAGGCUCACGGGAAGACCCACCAGCCAAUGCAAUUCGUGGAGAUGAUCCAGGCGAUGAUCAACCUCUUGACCGGUAGCCAACUCGAGAAGGCACAUCUGGCGGAGCACCUCCCCGCCAUUUUCAAGCUCCUCUUCAAGCUUGACAGACUGAGACGAGAGAACGACCACACCAAGGGGGUUUUGCUGGAGUUCAUAUGCAAUGCGAUGGAGAGGCAUCCGGAGCUGUACGUCUGCUUGAAGGACGAGACGAUCGUGCAAGGGUUGACGAUGUUCUUCGUCCUCUGGCACGACAAGAAAGCCAGCAUCGAGUACAACGCGACCUAUUCGUCCAUGUACUACGACCUCCUGCUGAAGGGGUGUCUGCUGUACCCCUCCUUCCUGGAAGCCGUCAAGUCCGCCAGCAGCCUCAUUUGGAGCAUGGAGUGGUUCUUACUCAGGGGAUACGCCCCGUCCUUCAAGAUGGCGACGACGCUCAUGUCGAUCUUCACGCUCUGCCUACGGAAGUACGGCGCGGGGUACUCCAGCCACGCUCUCUCGUGGACUCUCGGGCCUCAUGCCAAGGAGGUCUACCUCAAGGUGGGAGACGGGCCGAACCCGCGCCUACCGUUGUACGCUUUGUGGAUGAUCGAGGCUUGCGUCCGUCGGCCACAGUCCGGGUGGGACUCCGGUCCGGAGGGCGACGCCAUGGAGACGUUCAUCAAGUGCGGGGGUCUCGAUCAGGUGACAGAGCUUCUGGCGCACGUGAUGCACUACUACACCACGGAGAGAACCCUUCGGCAGCAGCAGCAGCAACACCAGCAGCAGACAUCCUUCGGCCGCUCGUCUCCCUCGUCGCACUACGGAGGAGGGGCCGGGUCUCCGCAGGAGGUGAGACGAAAGGUGACCGUACUCUGCGAGAGGGUAAUCCUGAGCGUGCACGGCUGGCUCAACGAGGGCCGGGAGGUCUUGGUCCCCUCGCUACGUCGUCGCGAUCAAGGAGGGGUAGGAGGGCCGUCGUCAUCGAGAAGAAGUGGGGCCACGCAGGCGGGAACUGCGGGGUCAGGGGGGGCCGCUUCGACGAGAAGAGCAACGGCAACGGCACCGUCCGUGGGUAGUGGGCGCAAGCGAGCGCGAGGGGAGGGGGGUGCCAGGGUCCCCGCGGUUGGGGGCGGGAGUGGGGGUGGCGGCGGGGAUGGAUCUGAGCCCGCGGCAAGAGCCACGGGGGCGGCAGCACCCGCAGAAGCGCAGCAACCCGUCCCAGCGACAGUGGCAGCGGCGCCGCCAGCAGCAGCAGCAGCAGCCGGGGCAAAGGCCGCGGGCGAUGGUGACGACCACGAUGGCGGUGCGGCACCGCCGGAAGGGGGAAGCAGCGACCGGUCGGCGCCCGGCAAGGGGAAGAGCAGCUUCAGCGUGAGCGUUACUGUCGGCGGGGGCCAGGGUGUGGGCAGGGAGCGGGGGAGGAGAAGACGAGCUUCCGGUAGAGAGGAUGGAGAGGACGUCGAGAUGGAAGACGCUAACAAUGCCGCGGGUGAUGCGGAUGAGGCUGAGGCUGAGGCAAGGUGGGGAGAAGAAAAGGAGCAGCAGGUGAGGGGGGGUGAUGCCGCGUGA